CACUGUAUUUAUUCAGUUUAGUUUUAACAUAGACGUACGGAUAACAUAUAAUCCAAAGUACACGUCAGCCUUCAUCUUCCUUAGUUUGUCUGUUACAUAUAGAUAAGAUUCAAAUAUAUACACACACGUAUACAUACACAAAAACACCUUUUUGAUCACACAACAAUGGCGACGAACCACGAAGAGCUCCCAGUCCCAACCUACUCGAAGCUCGAGCCAGUGUACGGCAGCGGAUCGCAACUCGAAGAAGCAGAGCUUCGAUUCGCCGCCGUGAAGUCUAAAUUCUCCGAGUUUUUCGGGAGUAAUCCCGAUGUUUUCGCUCGAUCGCCUGGUCGAGUGAACUUAAUUGGAGAACAUAUCGAUUAUGAAGGCUACUCGGUGUUGCCGAUGGCUAUUAGACAGGAUACGAUUGUUGCGAUUCGAAAGCGUGAGGGUAGGGAUGGAGAGAAGGUGAUUAGGAUUGCUAAUGUUAAUGAUAAGUAUGAUAUGUGUACUUAUCCUGCUGAUCCUACUCAGGAGAUCGAUUUGAAAAAUCAUAGAUGGGGACAUUACUUCAUCUGCGGGUACAAGGGAUUUUACGAGUAUGCUAAAACAAAGGGACUUGAAGUUGGUCCGCCAGUAGGACUUGACGUUUUAAUUGAUGGGACAGUUCCAACGGGAUCUGGAUUGUCAAGCUCUGCAGCAUUCGUAUGCUCUUCUACGAUUGCUAUCAUGGCUGCCUUCGAUGUUAGUUUGGCGAAGAAAGAGCUUGCUCAACUUACUUGUGAUUGUGAGCGACACAUUGGAACACAAUCUGGUGGCAUGGAUCAGGCUAUUUCUGUCAUGGCCAAAGCUGGUUUUGCAGAGCUGAUUGAUUUUAACCCUAUACGUGCAACUGAUGUACAACUUCCAGCUUGUGGGGCUUUUGUGAUAGCACAUUCAUUAGCUGAAUCACAAAAAGCAGUCACAGCUGCUACAAAUUACAACAACCGGGUUGUUGAAUGCCGGCUAGCAGCUAUUGUUCUUGCUAUUAAGCUAGGGAAGGAACCUCAAGAAGCAAUUUCUGAAGUGAAAACUCUUUCUGAUGUUGAAGGAUUGUGUGUAGCAUAUGCAGAUAGUCGAGGGUCUACUGAUCCUGGUAUUGCUGUCAAGGAACUAUUGAAUGAAGAUCCAUAUACAUCUGAAGAUAUUGAAAAAAUAACUGGUGAAAAGCUCCUUGAGGUUUUUGCAAAUUCUCCAUCUUCUUUAGAUGUGCUUAAAGCUGCCAGCCACUUUAAGUUAUUCCAGAGAGCCUAUCAUGUUUACUCAGAAGCCAAGCGUGUAUUUAAUUUUAAGGAUGCUGUGUCAGCAGCUUCAAGUGAAGAAGACAAAUUAAAGAAGCUUGGUGACCUUAUGAAUGACAGCCACCAUAGCUGUAGCGUUCUUUAUGAAUGCAGCUGUCCGGAGCUGGAAGAACUUGUACAGAUAUGUAGAGAUAAUGGUGCUUUUGGGGCAAGGCUCACUGGAGCUGGAUGGGGUGGUUGUGCUGUAGCGUUAGUGAAAGAGAGUAUUGUCCCACAGUUUAUCCUCAAUUUGAAGGAACAAUUUUAUAAAUCAAGAAUUGACAACGGGGUGAUCAAGAAGAAUGAUCUUGGUCUUUAUGUUUUUGCUUCUAAGCCUUCAAGCGGUGCUGCUAUUUUCAAGUUUUAGAUUAUUUAGAAUUUUUAGCGAAGGGUUGUAUCUUAUUUAGCUUCUGUUUGCAUCAUUGUUAAUACAACAUAAUGCGAGCAAUUGCACUAAAUUUCUAUCAUUACUCUUUUAAGCAAGUGUCUGGCUAGUUUUCCCUC